CCCGGAGGGGGCGGCGGCGCGUCGAGCUCCCGGCUCUCAGCGAGUGUGCCUGCGCGCGAGCCGGCGAGCGGCGCGCGGGCGGCCCGAGCCUCGGCGGCGGCGGCGGCGGACUCAGCAGCGGCUGCGGCGGCGGUGCUGACACCUCCCACCAUGGACAGCUUCGACUUAGCCCUGCUUCAGGAAUGGGACCUCGAGUCGCUGUGGGGUGAAGACAUCCUGAGCCAGAGGAAUGAUUCUCUAGUUCUGGAAUUUCAGUCAUCAGCCAGCAGAUGCAGGAGUGUCUAUGAACCAGAUAGGAGUGCAUUACGGAGGAAGGAACGAGAAAGAAGAAGCCAGGAGGCACAGCAGGACAGUGGCGGCUUUAAUUCCAGUUACUCUCUCUUCAGUGAACCCUACAAGACCAACAAGGGGGAUGAACUCUCCAACCGGAUCCAGAAUACGCUAGGAAAUUACGACGAAAUGAAAGACUUUUUAACCGACAGAUCCAACCAGAGUCACCUUGUCGGCGUCCCCAAGCCGGGUGUUCCUCAGACUCCCGUGAACAAGGUAGAUGAACAUUUUGUGGCGGAGUCAAGGGCCCAGCCCCAGCCCUCAUCUGUCUGCAACACUGCAUCGUCCACACCUGCAGCUGUCCCUGUGCAGCAGAGUAAGAGGGGUGCCAUGGGCUGGCAGAAGACUGGGCACCCACCAUCCGAGGGCCAACAGAGAGCAGCGCAACAGGGCUCUCUCAGGACCCUGCUUGGAGAUGGUGUUGGCAGACAGCAGACAAGGGCCAAGCAAAUGUGCAAUGUGGAGGCGGGGCUUCAGACCCAGGAGAGGCCACCUGCGAUGGCAGCCAAGCACAGCGGCAGUGGACACUGUGUUCAGAACUUUCCUCCAUCCCUGGCUUCAAAACCCAGCCUGGUACAGCAGAAACCAACAGCGUACGUGCGGCCAAUGGAUGGCCAAGACCAGGCUCCUGAUGAAUCUCCGAAGCUCAAGUCAUCCACAGAAGCUGGUGUACACUGCACAGCCUACAGAGGGGUCCCAGCCAACAAAUCAGAGUCAGCCAGAUCCAAGGCCAAGCUCGCUAAGUUUAGCAUUCCCAAGCAAGCAGAGGAGAGUAGACCUGGAGAAAGCAACAGCUGUGUGGAAGAAAUAAUUCGGGAGAUGACCUGGCUUCCUCCACUCUCUGCUAUUCAAGCUCCUGGCAAAGUGGAACCAAGCAAGUUUCCAUUCCCAAAUAAGGACUCCCAACUUGUAUCCUCUGGACACAAUAAUCCAAAGAAAGCUGAUGCGGAGCCAGAGAGUCCAGACAAUGGCACAUCGAAUACAUCAAUGCUAGAAGAUGACCUUAAGCUAAGUAGUGAUGAUGAAGAGAGUGAACAGCAGGCAGCCCAGAGAACAGCUCUCCGCGCCCUAUCUGACAGCUCCGUGGUCCAGCAGACCAACUGCAGAGGUUCCGUGCCAUCCAGCAAGGGCAGCAGCAGCGGCAGCAGCAGCAGCAGCAGCAGCUCCUCCAGCGACUCAGAAAGCAGCUCCGGAUCCGACUCAGAGACCGAGAGCAGCUCCAGCGAGAGCGAGGGCAGCAAGCCUCCACACUGCUCCAGCCCCGAGGCUGAACCUGCGUCCUCUAACAAGUGGCAGCUGGAUAAAUGGCUAAACAAAGUUAAUCCUCACAAGCCGCCUAUUCUGGUCCAAAAUGAAAGUCACGGCCCCGAAAGGAAUCAAUACUACACGCCGGUGAAAGAUGAAGGACAGGACCGCGGGAAACUUCCUGAGAUCUGCCAAGCCAGCCUGAGAGACAAGGACCUCAAGACUGCCUGCAAGGAGGAGCAGCGGCCUAGGACCGCAAACAAGGCCCCUGGCAGCAAAAGUGUAAAGCAAAAGUCCCCGCCUGCCGCCGCAGUGGCUGUGACCUCAGCUGCCCCGCCACCUGCUGUGCCCAGCGCGCCCACCGAGAGCGCCCCCGCACCCACCCGGAGGUCAGCAGGCAAGAAGCCCACCCGGCGCACCGAGAGAAUCUCAGCUGGGGACAGUGCCAACUGCCACCGGCCAGAGGAGCCUGUGGCCCAAGAUGCGCUAGGGACGAGUGUGGUGGGACCCCCAGAGCCCCCCAAAACCAGACCCUGCGGUAACAGCAGAACAAGCCAUCGCAAGGAGCUGCGCUCCUCUGCGACCUGUGAGAAAAGGCGCACGCGGGGGCUGAGCAGAAUCGCCCCUAAAUCCAAGGAAUUUAUUGAGACAGAAUCCUCAUCUUCCUCUUCCUCCUCGGACUCGGACCUGGAGUCGGAGCAAGAGGAGUAUGUCCUGUCCAAGGCUCAAACCACCACUGGGAACGAGCAGCGGCUGAAGGAGCCCACCAGUAGCAACAGCAACAGCAGCACCUCCCGGGCCCCUGUGGGCUCCAUCAAUGCUAGGACCAGCAGUGACAUUGCCAAGGAGCUAGAGGAACAGUUUUACACACUGGUCCCCUUUGGCCGGAAUGAACUGCUUUCUCCGCUAAAGGACAGUGAUGAGGUCAGGUCUCUCUGGGUCAAAAUUGACCUGACCCUCCUGUCCCGGAUCCCAGAACACCUGUCCCAGGAGCCUGGGGUCUUGAGUGCUCCUACAGCCAAGGACACUGAUAGUGCCCCAGCCAGCCAUGCAUUAGACACACCUGCUGAAAAGACUUUGCCAAAAUCCAAGAGGAAACGCAAGUGUGACAAUGAGGAUGACUACAGGGAGAUCAAGAAGGCCCAAGGAGAGAAGGAGAGUGCUUCACGCCUGGCCGCCUCCACUAAUAACACCUUGUCUGGGAGCCACUGCAGCAUGAACAUCAACAGCUUGGCAAUACCAAUAAACAAAAAUGAAAAAAUGCUCCGGUCACCCACUUCGCCACUCUCUGAUGCAUGCAAGCACAGAUACUCCAGCGAGGACCUAACUUCUUCCAGCCGCCCUCAUGGCAAUGGGGUGUUGACUUCUGCCUCUUCCAACAAAAAGCCGAAGGCUGACAGCCAGCUGCAGUCACACACUGGAGACCUCACGAAAGCAGCUCACAAUAGUUCCGAAAACGGCAUCCUCCAUACCAAGUCGCGGCCACAGACUGAGCCAUGGUCUCCAGGUUCCAGUGGCCACAGGGACUGCAAGAGACAGAAACUGAUCUUCGAUGACAUGCCUCGGAGUGCAGAUUAUUUUAUGCAAGAAGCUAAACGGAUGAAGCAUAAAGCAGAUGCGAUGGUGGAGAAGUUUGGGAAAGCCUUGAACUAUGCCGAAGCAGCCUUGUCCUUCAUCGAGUGUGGAAACGCAAUGGAGCAAGGCCCGAUGGAGUCCAAGUCUCCAUAUACCAUGUACUCCGAGACGGUGGAGCUCAUCAGGUACGCUAUGAGGCUAAAAACCCACUCAGGCCCCAACGCCACACCAGAGGACAAACAACUCGCUGCGCUUUGUUACCGAUGCCUGGCUCUCCUAUACUGGCGGAUGUUUCGACUCAAAAGGGACCACGCUGUAAAGUAUUCAAAAGCACUUAUCGACUAUUUCAAGAAUUCAUCGAAAGCUGCCCAAGCCCCAUCCCCAUGGGGGUCCAGUGGCAAGAGCACUGGAAGCCCAUCCCCCAUGUCUCCCAACCCUUCUCCCACCAGCUCCGUGGGGUCCCAGGGCAGCCUCUCCAGCUCCAACGCCCUGUCCCCAUCAACCAUCGUCAGCAUCCCCCAGCGUAUUCACCAGAUGGCAGCCAAUCACGUCAGCAUCACCAACAGCAUCCUCCACAGCUACGACUACUGGGAGAUGGCUGACAACCUGGCCAAGGAAAACAGAGAGUUCUUCAAUGACCUGGAUUUGCUCAUGGGACCUGUCACCUUGCACAGCAGCAUGGAACACCUGGUCCAGUACUCCCAGCAAGGCCUGCACUGGCUUCGGAGCAGCGCACACCUGUCCUAGGGACCAUGCCCUUGAGCCAGACUGCAUUUUCCUCUCCUCAGUGGCUCAAUGUUUCUGGACACUGUGCUGCUGCUGAUAUUCCUAGCCCACAGCUUUUCCCAAACUGCGGUGAACAUUUCCUCAGACUCCAACAGUGAUCUUUUUCUGGGGUGUGUGUGUUUAGGUGUGGGAUCGUAUGAAGCCUUCUGAAUGUGAGUGAGUGUGUGUGUGUGUGUGUGUGUGUGUGUGUGUGUGUGUGUGUGUGUGUGUGUGUUAAGAUCAACAGCUCUUCAAAACACAUGUUCUCUGUCUGGUUCCUAGAAUCCCAAGCUAGACAAGUGAUUAGAGGUUCCUCAGUGGAGGAAAUCCACGCAGCACACAUGUGCUCCCACUCCCACAGACACAUCCCACCCCCAGUGCUAAGCCAUUGCCUUCUUAGAAAGUUCCACCAAAAUCUCGUGUGCUGCUGAACUUGACAUGAUCCAGCACACAAAAGCAUAACUGCCGAAUGCGUUGAACCUAGCUCUUAUAUUAUUGAUUACUUUCAGUAUUAUAUACAAGUCCCCAAUUACUUUUGGUUGUUGUAUAUUAAUGAGUAAUUGAAUAAUGGAAACAAGUCAGUUAUUUUUGUGCCAGAAGUUCACUAGAUUGCAUGUUACCAAAUGCCUUGCCCUUCCUCUCCUACCUUCCCCCAGCCCUCAUUAUCCACCGAACAGAAUACAUUAUAAGCCAGUGGAGUCCCACAAACUUCCCUUGCCCAGUCCCCACAUAGUACAAAAAAAAAAAAAAAACACAGCCCCAGGAUUCGGUGAAAGCUCAACAACCGUAAAAGCAAGAGUGACCAUUUUGGUUCAGGAUGAAGCUCGCCCCUGUGGCAGUAAGCCCUCCAGGCACACACAUUUCCUCUUCCUGCUGCACUGUGACUCUGGCCCUGGAGCCACCUGGCUGUUGUCAGCCUGCACAUUCCAAGUCUUUCUGCAAUAGCUUUCUUGCAACUUCCCUUGGCCAAAUGAAGACGUUGUCUGGAACACACCAUCCCUAGACCUGGCCACUGCUUACAAGACUAGGAGCGGUUUGCCGCUGUGAUGGUCUUUGCACACGGUGUGUGGCUACUUGCCUGGAGUGCAUUUCGAUUUGGGGGAUAUUUUUCAAGCUUUUGUUAAACUGUUCACAGUGCAAGGAAAGCUAUCCCUUUGAUGAUUACAACUCUAUAUUUGGAGUAGCAACGAUCAGUGUCUUACAUAUAUCUUGAGCAUCUAAUAUGUUUAUGUCUUGACCAUGGUUCUUUUCUGGGUUAUUUUUGGGUUUUUGUUUUGUUUUGUUUUGUUUUUUUAAGUUUAUGUUUUAGUUUUUCACCAUCUUGUUUACAGUUUAUGUCUGAAGUUUGUUUUCUCAUGUUUUGUCAUACCCUAGACUUAGUCUUCUUGUUAAAUAUAUGUGGAUCUGAAAUAUUGGUAACAAGUCCUGCAAACAAGGUGCAUCUUGCCACACUUUAAAGACAAAAUAAUGUCCUUAAGUUACUUGCAGUCCAUUGUUGAAGGUGGCAGGGCCAUACAGUAUGUGUCCCUGUGAGCUUGGUUAUGUUCACAUUACCAUUUUGUUAGCCUUCUCAGGAGGUGACAAAUAAGACUGCUCUCAUUCCCCGGAUCCUAGUGCAGAUUCAGCUGACCAUGGUUUGGUGAUCUGUACCAAACUGAACUCUGUGGGAUUUGCAUUUGGCCUUGACCCUCAAACACUUGAAAUUUUUAGCAGUACAUUGACUUCAGAUGUUUUGGACCAGAAAUGUUUUUUUAAGAUGUUGGAAUAUUUGUGAAUACAUAAUUAGGUAUCUUGGGGAAGAGGACUCAAAUCUAAACAUGAAAUUCAUUUACAUUUCAUAUAUACUUUGUAUACAUGAGGGUAAUGUCUGCAAUGUUGAUUGUAAGCCAUCCCAUGAGGUCAGGUAUGGAAUUUUCCACUAACAUCAUGUCACUGCUCAAGAAGGUUUAGAUUUUGGAGCAGUUUAGGUUUCAGAGUCUUGAGAUGAGAACGCUCCACCUCCAUUCCCACGUUUAUAUUUAUCUAUCCAGCGUGCUCCUCACAUCCCUUUCACUAACUGUUGGCAGGUUUGUGAUCCUACCCUAUGUCUCAAAUCUGAAUAUAAGAAAUUUUGAAUCACCUUUUGUACAGGAGUGAGACUUUGUUCUAGUUGCUCUCGGUGAAUUCUGGUGAAAAGUUCAAACUCCCACAUAGAGGAAUACCCUCAGGGCCUCUCUGUGACUUUGGGGAGCUUUUCCAGUCCCAACUUUCUUUAAAGUUGUAGGCUUAGUUGUGGCACCCACGAAAUCCACAUCCCUGGAAAAGCCACAUCAAAUUACCAAGGUGGCCUCUGACUAGUUGCACUAGCAUAGGUUUGAUGAACACACUGGGACCUGUUUCCUAACAAAACUUGUGGAAACUGGUCUCCUGGGGACAUAGUCAGAGCGUCCAGGUCCUGUCUUUGUCUUGCCUCGUCCAUGGAGCAUGUGUCAGGCCCAAUGUAGGCAAUUUUAGGAAAAAACUCUCUUCUGCUUGAUGGGACUCAAGGUUGAUAAUUCUGAUAAGAAACCAUCUCCCACUUGAUGCCAUGAAAGUCCUCCAUAACACAUUGCUUUUCUUAAGCUGGGUUGCAAACUGAAGCAUCUUUCUUAUGUUUUAUGGCUAUAAAAGUCUUACAUGUUGAUUAUGGGAAUUCAAAUAAUGCUGAAGUGUAGAUGAUGUAAGUCUGUGGUUGCCUCACUUGCCAUGAGAUGACCACAGUCCGGUGAUCUGUAUCCUUCCAGAAGUUUUUACAUAUCAAUAUAAAGUUUAUUACUGCUUGUUUCUAUUUGAAGACAUACUCUUUCCUCAAACAUUCCACCAAAGUCCAACUGGUCUUACCUCCUGUGACCUGAGCAGAUGCCACCCUUUGUCACAGUGGUAGAAUUGACUUUGAAAGGGAGGAGCCUAAAAGUAUUCCUGAACAAACUUCUGCAUUAGCUAGGACUCUGCACAGAUGAAUAUCCUCUGCAGAUGUGCGAGAGAGAGGUUUGCUUAGAACAGACACUUCUGGAAACAUCCAAAUUGCAAAUGGAAACUUGGACCCACUCUCUAAAGAGGAAUGUACUGGAAAUGUACGCUAAACAGUUGACAAACUGUGUGCUACAUUGAACACAUGGAAUGCAAUGCAAUGAGACUUCCUGCACUAAAACAUGUCCCGUAUGUACAACAAUGGUGUGUGUGCUAUGUAGCAGUUACGUACAUCUCUGACACCCAUACAAAGUAGACAGUUUGUAUAAAUGCAUACAUUUGAAAAUAUACAUGUACAGUACAGCUAACAUAAGACUGUAGUACGCCUGACAUAUUAAUAGUGCCUAAUAUUGAGUAUAAGUCACUGCGUGUUCACAUCACCUUGGAAGUGCAGUCAUUGUUAUAAAUUUAAUCAAUGCAGCAACAUUAUUUAUGAAACACAUCUUUGAAACUGUGCAGUAGCAUAUACAUAUAUAUUUUUAAAUAACAUUUUUCACAGUUUUCCAAAGUUACUGUUGAAAUCUGUAUCGCCAAAAAAAAGAGAGAAUGCAAGUUUUUUUUAAUGUUGUAGACACUCCAGACACAGUGAUCUGCGUGUGAUUUCCUAUUUGUAGAUACUCAAGAGACCUUAGCAGUCACCAGCCUUAAUGCAUGUACAGGAUACUAUUGUGACUUAAUUUAUCUGCAGUUUUUAAUCCAUUACAAGAUUGGAAUUUAUAAACAGACUUGGAUGGAAUAUGUCUGCCUUUCUAAGGUUGCAAGCGAUACAUUAAAUGAUUUAUGUUGUACGUGAGAGAAAUCGAGUUGUACGUUAAGAAAAAACAAGUUCACCAGUUUCUCUUAAUAUUUUACAAGGAAACUUUAGCAUUGAAAUAUUUUCAAAGCAAUAUCCUGACUCCCAGGUUGGAAGUGAUUUAGAAGCUGUCUUUUUUGUGAAUCUUUCCCUUUCUUUCUCUUCCUUGCUUUUUUCUUUGGUCCUUCCUUUCUUUUGUUUCUUUAUUUGCUCCUUGCUUUACCUUCUUCUAUUGUAGGCAUUCAACUCAGGGUCUUGCACAUGCAGUACAAGCUCUCUACCCCUGAGCUGCAUCCCCGGCCCUCACCGACGCUUUCCGUGUAGCUCCCGUGGGUUGUCGUUGCUAAGUCCGAUAGUUUUUCAAUAGAACUGUAGUUUCCUACUUCUGUUUUCCAUACCCAAGUAUUUCCCUCCUCCCUCCCUCUCUCCCUUCCUCCCCCACAUUUUUGUAUGUCAAAGACCGCUGAUGCAGUGACUGCAUGGAUGGAUGCCCACUCAAGUAGCAUCCCCAAGACUUCAAUGGCACAACUCUUUAAUGGCACAAGUCAACUCUCUGACUGUGCCAGGCUUUGCAAUGCUUGCUUGAGAAAAUUAGAGAAUUCUGAAUCAAAGAGCUGAAAUAUUAGAGCAGGACAUGACCUAGCACCUGUGUAGUUGAGAAUUUGUCAACCUUGUUUCCACACGUCUCUCCCUCCCUCUUCCUUCUCCUCCUCCCCACGCUGAAGAAGCAGAAAUAACAGAAACAGAAUGACUUCAUGACCUGAUGCAGUCCAUAGCCUCAGGUUCAGAUGCCUUCCCUACUGUGCCAUCUGACAUAACCCCACACAGUCUAAAGAGAAACACAGAAAAGGUUGGGCAGCUCAGGCCAGCCCCCAUCAGCCAAGCGGAGAUGUACAACCAAGGAGCACACCUGGUCCCCAAAAGUGGCUAGGACCAGGGACUUGUUUUUACUAGGGACCACUGAGAGUAAUACUGUUUCAGAAGUGGGCUAAGAAAUACCCAGCAACCUUCCAAACAAGAACUGCUUUUCAGUCAGAUAACUUAACAGUAACACUGUCGGAGUCUGUUCCUAUCAGGGUCCUGUUUUAAAAUAUGCCUCAUUUUCAGUCAAGCCUAGACCAGCUGGAAUCUUGAAAGACAUGUUUAAUGCAAGAGUGGGGAGGGGAAGCUACCCCAUAAACUGCACUUUCAACCAUUUGGAGCCAGCGUUUGCAUCCUCAGUUUCCCAUUCCCAGAAGGAGACAUCCUGACCAACAACACAGAGUUCCAGUCUGAGAGCUCUGUUCUCUUUGCCCAAAUCGUGUGUGUCUGUCAUCGGAAUGGUUAACUUGUUUGCUCGGCAUGAGGCACAUUAUAAAACUCUAUUCUCAAACUAA